CUGGAUCAUGCGCGAUUGCUCAUUAGGCAUCUGAAAAAUUAUCAAAGUAAAAAAAAAAUUGUAGAUGAGAUCGAUAAGAGUUCAAGUUCAAGUUCAAGUUCAAGUCCAAGUCCAAGUCCAAGUCCUUGAUGCUUUAAUGGGAUUACAUGAGGUGUAGUUUAAUUGUUCGAGGAUCCUUAAGAGCAGUAAAUAGAGUUAUGGUCACGCCCACAUUAGGUUCGGUUGGAAAAAUAGAGGUACCUUUCGAUACCAAGAUUCUUUCUGUUAAAAAGGAUUCUAUAAUAUUUGGUAAGAAUGAAUUAGUACCUAGUAUAACCGAUAAAGAAACAGAAGAAAAUCUUAAUAUAGCAGCAAAUGAAUUAAUAAAUACAAAUAAUGUGGUGGCAUUUCCAACCGAAACUGUUUAUGGAUUAGGUGGUUCAGCCUUACGUGAUGAAUCUGUACGAGCUAUUUAUUCAGCAAAAAAUAGACCAUCAGAUAAUCCAUUAAUAGUUCAUGUAUCAUCUAUAGAUCAAUUGAAAAGAAAAUUAUUACCUAAAGAUUAUAAUCUCCCAUCAUCUUAUGAAAAAUUAUUAGAAAAAUUUUGGCCAGGACCAUUAACUAUUCUUUUACCUAUAUUUCCUGGAUCACCAAUUUCAAAUUUAGUUACAGCUAAUCAAGAUACUUUUGCUGUUAGACUACCUAAUCAUCCUGUGGCUCGUGCAUUAAUUGCUAUUAGUGAUACACCAUUAGCAGCCCCAUCUGCUAAUGCAUCUACUCGUCCAAGUCCAACAUUGGCAAGUCAUGUUUAUCAUGAUUUACAAAAGAGAAUACCUUAUAUAUUAGAUGGAGGAGCAUGUGAAGUAGGAGUAGAAUCUACAGUUAUAGAUGGUUUAAGUAAUCCACCUAUGAUAUUAAGACCAGGAGGAGUCUCAGUAGAAGAUAUUAAACAGAUUGGUGGAGAUGCUUGGAAAGAUGUUGUAUUAGCAAAGAAAACAGCAGGUAAACUUGAACCAGUACGAACUCCUGGUAUGAAAUAUAGACAUUAUUCACCUACUGCCAAAGUAAUAGUAUUUACAAAUUGUCAAGAUGGUAUUGCUGCAGUUCAAAAGUAUUUAAAAGAUCAUGAAAUUAAUACCUCAGAAAUUAAAGUAGCAUUAUUAAGAUCAUUAAAUUUCGCAUCUAGUCAAACCAUAGAUUCUCAUAUACAAUUAGAAAGAGAUUUAGGUUCAUCUAAGCUGGAAGUAUCACAUAAUUUAUUCAAACUUUUAAGAGAAGUUGAUGAAUUAGGCGUAGAUCUCAUUCUUGUAGAAGGUAUUGAUGAGACCAAUGAAGGCUUAGCAGUAAUGAAUAGACUCACCAAGGCCGCAUUUGAAGUAGUAGACGGCUCAACCACAAAAUAAAGAGGAAGCCACUCACUACUCACUCACUCACUCACUCAAAAAUUAAAUAUACUACUAUAAUUGUGAUUUACAUCACAUCACACAAACAUGCACUACUUUUACUUAUACUUAUACUUUAUAUUGCAUUACUAAUUGUAUAAUACACGCCCCCCCUCCCCUCCA